UGAUCUUGCAUUUCCGGGGAGAGAGCUGUAUGUAAAUACAAUUCUCUCCCCUGUCCGCUCCUGCGCACUGCUUUGUAUGGCUCUGCAUAGCAGAACCAUACAUAGCAGUGUGCCUACAGAUGAAAGCACACACACAGCUUACAGUAAAACAGCACACAGCUAACCCUUUGAUCGCCCCACAUGUUAACCUCUUCCUGCCCAGUGCCAUUAAUACAAUGUCAGGACUUUUUAUUAGCACUGAUCACUGUAUUGGUGUAACUGGAGAUGUCAGUGACACCAAGUCACCUCCCUACUCCCCAGUGUCAGAAUGCCCACCGCAGUCCUGCUAU